GCUAAGGAGGAGCCGCAGUGUAUGUAAGACUAUAGCGGGAGGGCCGGCGUCUCCAUCCUUGGAAGUGGGGUAAAGGUGAAGCCCCCCUCCCUGCUCCCGCUGCCUCGUCCGAGCCCGUGGAAGAGACUCGCGUUACCGGAGAGGAUGCGGAGUGCGUGGGGAUACGCGAGCGCCCUGUCACCCACGGCUCUCAUAAGAUCUGCUACUAAUGUGACACGAAAAGUCCUGUUUCCUGCUCUGCCUCCCCCACAAAGGCCGUUUAGAGUUUCUAACCAUGAUGGGAGCCAGAGAAAGGGGAUUGUUGCCAGCACUUUAAAGGAGCUCAUUGAAAAGUCCGUCGAUGCCUUUUAUAUAACGGUCAGCCUUGUCGCCCUGGUCCUGGAGGAAGAUGGCACGGUAGUGGACACCGAAGAAUUCUUUCAGUCUCUAGAGGAAAACACACAUUUUGUUCUUCUGGAAGGAAGACAGCGAUGGACACAACAAAAACUCAACACGCAUUCAGUGCAACAGGCGACAAAGAAGGGUAUAGCGAAUAUAACACUGGACCUGUACAAAUUAAGCCCGAAGGAUUUCAUUGGAUGCUUAAACGUUAAGGCAACUUUUUAUGAGAUGUACUCUGUAUCCUGUGACAUCCAGUGCUUGGGGGCAAAGAAGGUCCUCAGGACGUUUGUACGGGUUAUGUCCUACCUCGCACAGUUGGCUGGCCAUGUCCUUCUGUACAGUGGCUCCUUUAUGAUGCAGUGGACCGACGGUUCUGAGGAAUAGACUGUGUUUCAGCGUUCACUUUAACAUAACACAAGAACACAACCGUCCUUGCUUCUUUAACAAAUCUUUUUAUGUAUCAAAUA